UUCACUUUAAAAUAAAAUAUGAUUUUUAAUCAAAUAAAAUGUCAAAUCGUAUUUCUCAUAAUACUCAAUAAUAACAGAGUGUCAGAAGUGUCAUCUUCUCUUCGAGAUAUUUUCAAUCCCGCAAUUAGUUUACGAACAAACUCAGUCGACAUUGCAAUUAUAGAAAACCUGCUACACACUAUUAGUAGAGACACUCUCCAUGUUCGUGUACAGUUUGAAUAUCUGAAUUUUUACGAAGACGAGACAUUUGAGAAUCUGCAAUUGAUGUUGAGAAAUUCUAAUAAAUUACCGUACUAAAUUAACAUACAGAAUAUAGACGCUAAGGAUCAUUCUAUAAUUGCUAAUAAUGAUUAUGCUCAUCAUCUUUGGUAUGUGGACUCAUAUUUGGGAUUUACGAUUGCAAUAAAGCAGUUACGACACCGUAUUAAGGAUUCAACUGGAAUGUUCAUUUUAAUACAUAAAAAUGUAACAAAACUCGAUAACGAAAUGGAAGUCAAAAAAAUACUAAUGCAUGCAUACGAUAUUGGUAUACUUAAUUUUGUUGCUACUUAUGCAGAAUCAGUGAACAGGACUCUUACCUAUUCUUUCAAACGGUUUUCGCCAAACAAAUGUAGGCAGUUUCAACCUGUAAUUACAAAUAUUUUUGAAAAUGGUCGAUUUAAGAACAAAGAACUCUUCGUGAAGCGGUACUCAAACUUUCACAAUUGUGAAAUUCGUGUUUAUGUACGCAAUGCACCACCUUUUAUUGUCUAUGAGCCCCGCACCCCAAACAGUUCCGAAUACGUGCUAAAAGGAAUUGAAGGAGAAUUGAUUAAAACCAUUGCAAAAGCAUUAAAUUUUCGUAUAUCUGUGAGAAACGAAUCCGAACUUUCUUGGGGAACUGUUUUUUUAAAUGGUACAAUGACAUUUCCGUAUGAUAUGUUAAGAGAUGGCAAAGUUGAUAUACUUUUGGGUAUUUUCUUUUCAUCCACAGAAGUUUUACAUUAUUUUUCGGGUAGUUUAUCUUACUUGCGAGCACCUUAUGUUUUCGUUGCAAAACGUACUACAAAACAGAAAAAUUUUGAAGUAACUUGGAUAUUGGAUCCAUAUAAAUGGUCGACAUGGAUAUGUCUAGCAGCUUACCUUGUCAUAGUGAAAUUGCUGAUGAAAAUAACAUUUACUGGGAAGUUUAGAAACUCUGCAUUUUCGGUGCAUAAAGCAAAACAUUCUAACUGGUUGAGAUUAUUUGGAAUAGCACUUAACGUACCACAAAAUGUGGUGAAUUCUAGAAAUCCAUUUUGUUUUUCUAUUAUAAUUUGGUGCUUUGGUUUUAUUGUUUUUAAUUCAGCAUACCAAGGAAAACUUUAUUCAUCGUAUACAAACUUAAACCCAGAAAAAGAACUGUUUUUAAAGGACGUUUUAAAACACAAUUAUUUGAUUUUAACGCGAGGACCUUCUGAAGUCGCCAAAAUAUUAACGUUUGUAAAGUUACUACCUAAUCGUUUUGUAAAUUAUAAUUUGACGGAUCCCAAUGCAAUUUUCGAUGUUUUAUUAAAUCGUACCGAGAAGUUUGUAGGCACACUUACCACACUUCACAGGUUUCUUUACCACAUGCAAACCAAACGUCUUUUCGAUAACUUUCGAUUAGUUCAGGAACCACUAAGUGUGCAACAAAUCUGUGCGUAUUUUCAUAAUAAUUCAUUUUUAGUGGAACCAUUUAAUAAUGUCAUACGCAUGCUAAAUGAUGCUGGCUUGAUUUCCAAAUGGAUGAAUGAUGCAUUCUAUAUGUUAAAGUACAAAAAUAUUGACAUAUUAAAGGGAAGACUAAUUCGCAGUACUACCCCUGAUCCACUUAAAUUAGAACCAUUAAAACCAUUAUUUAUCGCGUUUAUCCUGCUUGAGUUAAUAACCGUUCUAGUGUUCAUUGGAGAGGUCACGAUUCAUCGCUGGAAGAUGCAACAUAAAAAGUUUAUAUCCGUUAAUUCACGUCGUAGAGCUCAAUACUAGUGCAAAUAGUGCAGAUACAAGAACAAGUAGUUUAAUAAUGUAAAGAUGCAAUAAUGUAAAGUUAAUGAAAUUCAAAUAAAGAAGGCUACUGAAAUU